UAGUUUGCUGCUGAGUUAACUGGAGAUCGGUCGGAAAUUUAAAGUGGGAUCUGCCCCCAAAGAAAAACGUGUUGAGUACGAAUUCCGGGAUUAUGUUCAGGACGUGUUUUUUGUUAUUGGCGCUUUUGGCAGUGGCUAGUGCUGGCCGGGAGUAUCUGCCCCGCCCCCCGAUGAAGGCGUACGUCUAUGGCACUCCCCCGCCCAGCACCAUGGCUCAGCUGCGCCGGAUAAUCCAAGGUCACCUGGAGCGUUUCCAGAAGGCGGAUGAGGAGCACUUUUCCCGUCGCGCCAACAUUCAGCUGCUAAAAUCGGAAGUGCUGGGGACGGAGAAAAAGCAGCAGGCAAUGCAAUUGUGGGUGGUUCGCACGCCCACUAUUUCCGGUUCGGCCUCGGAAAACGCGCUGGAUUACGCCCUGGCCCCGAAUACACCCACUCCGAAGGACUACGCGCAUAAGUUCCUGCCCGAGGGCAAGGAUGUGGUACCCGGAAGCUCUUACAUUCCGCUGCGGUUGCUGGUGAUAAAGCGCUGAAAUAUCGGGCGGCGGCUUUUGUUGCUCGAAAAAAACAAGUUCCGGCGGAAUGCCGAUAGCCCAGACAACCAGUAGUAGUUGCCUAGUUGGCUAAUUGGCUUUAAGCUUACUGGUUCUUACCUCUAGCUUAGCAAUACUUUAGUUGUUUAUAUGCUAAGGCCCCCGUUGGCAGCUCAGUUCGCUAAUCUAAAUUAAGUCACCACAUCCCGGGGUCCGUGGCUAAGACUUACGACCUUAACGCAUCCAAUAAAACCGAAAUUAAGCCGACCAGUAUGCCGUCGUAAUCUAUGAAAUACAUUCACCAAAAACUAAGUUGUCAUCUCAUUUACAUAAAUUAGAAGUCAUAAAUUUGAAGUGAGCGGGGAACUACUAGGCUUUAAGCGGUUAAAAGCUGUCUAGAAAACCGGUUCGCCUUUUAUCGGUAAGCUCAAAAUAAAAGCUUAAAGCUAUACGAGCCAGGUUUAGUCUU